AUGAUUAACGCGGAAGGGUGGGAUGGUGGGUUGUGGUGCUGCAACUUUCGGGAUUUUGUGGUAAGUCAGACUGUGGUUGACAAUUUUCAAUUGGAGGAAGUUCAUUCUCUAUUAUCAAAUGUUGAUAUAGUGCAGGAUAUGAAGGACGAGUUUGCGUGGAUGCGUGAAACCAACGAGGAUUUCUCAGUUAAAUCGUGUUUUGUAGCUUUAAAUUCAAGAUUGACUUUCAAUAGGCUUCCAACAAGAGAUCAAUUAGUGAGAAGAGGUAUUGUUAUAGAUGAUAGAGAAAAGAGUUGUGUUUUUUGUUUUAGGGAAGAGCAAUCAAAGGCGCAUUUGUUUGGCUUAUGUGUCGUUACUAGAAGAAUUUGGUCAAAUGGGGGCAUUUGGUUAGGAAGAAAUUUGGAGUUAUCGAAUGAAGAAUUGGCUUCCUUUAUUCUUAACUGUCAUAAGGUGAAAAAAAAGAAGAUAAGAACAUUAUUGGGGUGGUUUGGUUGGCUUUCUCUUGGAAUAUUUGGUUGA